UAAAAAAUCAGGAUAAUUCCUAUUAUCUGCGUAAUGAUUUUCUCAGUGUUUUGAUCUUGAACUUAAAUCUAAGUAAUUAUUCUAAAAUGUAAAACUGAUGUCCAAACAUGUGUUCACUAUGAAUGUCUCUGUGAGUUUCUGUAUGAGACUGACAUCUAGUGGACUUCUUUAUUAUAUGACUGGAACUCCUGUUUGCACACGUUUCAUAAACACAACCAGGAAGUUCUCAAGUUCAGGGAAACCGAAACUAAAUCACGGUCAGGUGGUUUUUGCAUGUUUCUUCUUUUCUAAAAUGGCAGAAGCAAGUGUUUCUUUGUUUCAGGAUCAGUUCAUCUGUUCAAUCUGUCUGGAUCUACUGAAGGAUCCUGUGACCAUUAACUGUGGACACAGUUACUGUAUGAGCUGUAUUACAGACUACUGGGAUCAGAAGAGAGACUACAGCUGCCCUCAAUGCAGACAGACCUUCAAUACAAGACCUGUUUUAGGUAAAAACAUCAUGCUGGCGGAAGUGGUGGAGAAACUGAAGAAGACUAAACUACAAGCUGCUCGUCCUGAUCACUGUUAUGCUGAACCUGGAGAUGUGGAGUGUGACGUCUGUACUGAGAGAAAACACAAAGCUGUCAAGUCCUGUCUGAUGUGUCUGAACUCUUACUGUCAAAAUCAUCUUGAACAACAUGAGAAUUUAUUCAAAGGGAAGAAGCACAACCUGAUAGAUGCCACUGGACGACUUCAGGAGAUGAUCUGGCCUCAACAUGAGAAACUGCUUGAGAUUUACUGUCAUACUGAUCAGCAGUGUAUAUGUUAUCUGUGUAUGGUGGAUGAACACAAUAACCACGAGACUGUAUCAGCUGCAGCAGAGAGGACUGAGAGACAGAAACAACUGAAGAAGACACAGAGAAAAUACCAGCAGAGAAUCCAGGAGAGUCAGAAGAAGCUUCAGGAGCUGAGAGAUGCUGUGAAGACUCAUAAGCGCUCUGCACAGACAGCAGUGGACGACACUGAGAGGAUCUUUACUCUACUGAUCCAAUCCAUUGAGAGAAGACGAUCUGAGGUGACACAGCUGAUCAGAGAUCAGGAAAAGACUGCAGUGAGUGAAGCUGAAGGACUCUUGAAGCGACUGGAGCAGGAGAUUGAUGAUCUGAUGAAGAUAGACGCUGAGCUGGAGCAGAUUUUACACACAGAUGAUCACAUCCAUUUCAUCCAGAGUUUUCAGUCUCUCUCUGUUCCUCCUGGAUCUACAGACUCAGUCAGCAUCACUGUCAGUUCUCUCCUCUCUUAUGAUGAUGUAGGAAAAUCUGUGUCUGAUCUGAGAGAGAAACUGGAGGAUUUCUGCAGAGAAGAGAUAGAAAAAAUAUUGGACAGAAUAAAGUGGAUUGGCAUCAUUUCCACCCCUGAACCAAAUACCAGGGAGAAGUUCCUACAAUAUUAUCGUCAGAUCACUCCAGAUCCAAACACAGUAAAUAAACGUCUCUGCAUAUCUGAUAGGAACAGAGUGAUUACUGACACUGACAAAGACCAGCCGUAUCCUGAUCAUCCAGACAGAUUUGAUGUUUAUCCUCAGGUGUUGUGUAGUGAGAGUGUGAGCGGACGCUGUUACUGGGAGGUUGAGUGGAGCGGUCAGGUGUUUAUAUCAGUGUCAUAUAAGAGCAUCAGCAGGGAAGGUAAUAAGUGUUUAUUUGGGAGUAAUGAUCAGUCCUGGAGUUUGAAUUGUACUGAAUCCAGUUGUUCAUUCUUUCACAAUAACAUUAAGACUAAACUCCCUGUAGUGUCCAGAUCUUCUAGAAUAGGAGUGUAUGUGGAUCACAGUGCAGGAUCUCUGUCCUUCUACAGCGUCUCUGACACAAUGACCCUCAUCCACAGAGUCAACACCACAUUCACUCAACCUCUCUAUCCUGGAUUUAGAGUUUAUUUUGGAUUAGUAAAACUGUGUGAUCCAACAGUAUAGAAAAUAAAGGAUAAUACAAAUAUUCUUGUUAAGGUAGUAGUAGGGGUUUUCAAACUACUCUUGACCCCACAUUAUUUUUGUUCUAAACCCCGGUUUUAACAACAGCCACAUCAAAAGUACUGUACUAUGUUAUAAAGUAGAAUUUACUAUAGUAAACUUUAAAAUGAUUGAAUUUGCUGUAGUAUAUAAUAAUUACACUCAGAAUGGCAGACGCUUUUAUCCAAAGCAACUAUCCAAGUGCAUUCUAGGUAAACUUUUGCACUGCUAAAGCAAUGCUCCACAAACUGAGCUACUGGAACAGCAUACUUACUGUAGUAUACUAUAGUAUUCUGUAGUAUUAACCAUGCCUAUAUGCUGUGUUUCUAGACGGCUGUUUCAGCAUUUGUGUGUACAGAAAUAAAGUCAAAUGGUUACAAAAAAUGGCUGGAGUAAAACAUCUCAAGGAGAAAUUAUGUUUGAACAUUUUUCUCAUAGAUGUAAAAACACAAGACAGUUAUCAGUUGCACAGUCUAUUCAGUCAGUUUGACACCCCUUUAUUUAUCGCGUCUUGACUGCUGGCACUACAAAUAUACAAAUGUUAAAGGGGCAAUGAACCUGUCGAUUUUAUUGUUUUAUACUGUUGUCUAAGGUCUACUUAUGAUGUUUUCAUGGUUUUUUACAUUCAAAAACAUCAAAAGCAAUAAGUUAAGGCUAUUUUGUAACAUGGUUCUGAUGCUGUCUGGAGAAAUAGUUUGUUUGAAGGGGCUAAAUGACCGUAUACAACACAUUAAGUGAGCAUCAGAAUCUAAACUGCGGCUGGUAAGUCCUUCCUUAUCAAUAACUUUGUAUAUUUCUAUUGUGCUUGUGAGGUUGCUCUGACAUACACGUAACAUUACAUACCACAGUUAUAUGAAAAAACGUUUUGUUGAGUGUUGGACCUUUCAAACGGAACUUGCCUAAAUUACCGUAUACAACACAGUAAGCGGGCAUCAUAAUCUAAAUUGCCGCUGGUAAGUCCUUCCUUAUCACUAACUUUGUAUAUUUCUACCGUUAUAUUACAGUCGUAUUGUUAAGUGUUGCACCUUUAUUAAUUGUUUAAUGUUUUUUAGUAAAUUAAAAGAGUCAAACAACGUGUUUAGACACGGAUGUUACAACAGACAUAUCAGGCGAUCUCUUCUAACAAAGCAAUAGUGAAACGCAGUAACUUAAAGUAAAAUGUUUUACUCACUGUGUAUACUGCUGUGUCAUUUUUGCUGAUCCAAUAUUAGUGGUGCCUUUAAUCACAGUCUCUCUGCAAAUCCAGCAUCGACUUGUGGCUUCUUUACAAAUGAAUCUGCGGUACACAAAGUAAACAAACACUUCCCACGCAAGCUGGAACUUAUUUAAAAACAAACUUAAACCACGCAUUCCUUAUGUUCCGAUCCUCCGAGUUAAGUGACUGUGUCUUUAAAGGGGCCAUGGCACAAGACUUUUUUAAGAUUUCAAAUAAAUCUUUGAUGUCCCCAGAGCACAUAUGUGAAGUUUUAGCUCAAAAUACCAUAUAAAUAAUUUAUUAUAGCAUGUUAAAUUUGCCACUUUGUAGGUGUGUGCAAAAA